AUGCGGACCAGGGGCCAGACCCGCGGCGAGCCCAAACCCCCACCCGCUUCGCCCCCCACCUCCUCAGGGAGAGGUGGAGCGGAGGAGGUUGGGGCCGGCGGCGCCAAUAAUCGCCGGAGAGCUUCGCCCGCCGCGAAAGGGAAAUCCCCCGCCACCAAGGCGAGAGUGCAAAUGCCGGUUGCUGGGCAGGUGGAAUUGGAAUCCGCAUUGGGGAUCAAACGCAAAAAAGGUAAAGUCAAUACCGAACGGAAUGAUGAUACUGGUAAAAAAAGGUGCAGCGUGGGGAGUUCUGAAAAGGAAAAACUGGAGGAAAAAGAGCCGGAGGCAAUUGGUGAUAAUGAUGGAGCUGGCAUGGAAUGGGAGGAUGGGCAUGUCUCUCCGGUGGAAUACAAAGAGGGUUAUUCCCAUGAUCUUGGUGAGACGGUCACUGUUGAGUUCACUGAUGUACCUUCAUCAACUGAAAAGAAGAGUGUUCGAAGGCAUACGGCUGAAGAGAAGGAGUUGGCUGAACUCAUGCACAAGGUCCAUUUACUUUGCCUGCUAGCAAGGGGUAGGGUAAUUGACAAGGCCUGCAAUGAUCCUCUUAUCCAGGCUUCAGUUCUAUCUGUUUUACCACAGCACUUACUGUGGAAUGGCGUAGACACUCUGAAACUGGACGCUAAUAAAUUACGUAGUCUUGUGAGCUGGUUCCAUCGUACUUUCUGUAUAAUUGCACGAUCUGCUGACAAGGGGUCUUUUGAAUCAAAUAUCGCUUUCGCUCUUCAAAGUCAUGAAGGCACUGCUGAAGAGCAUAUUGUAAAACUGACCCACAAAUGGUUUGCAAUGCAGCCAUACCUAAGUACAUCUUGUAGGUUUGUUACAAAUAUGGAUGUUGUUGGACUCAAGCCUGAUGCUAAAGCAAUGGGGACACCAAAUCAAGAUGGAACUAGGCUUUCUACAAGGGCACUACCAUGUAGUUCUGUUGCUGCAGGCCAUAAUGAGUUUAAUACUCUUUCUCCGGCUCGAUUAGAAGUUAAUACGGAACAUAGCUUCAGUAGGACUAAGCAACGCGGUGAUCUUGGAAAUUUGAAAAGAACAUCAGCUUGCAAGAGUUUGUCUAAAAACUUGUCAAAUUGCAAGGCAGAUCAAUAUGCAUCAACAUCGAAAGCUGAAUCAUCCAGCAGUCCAAAUUCAUUCACAUCCAGUAAUGCUGAAAUACCAAAAAGGAAAGGGGAUGUGGAAUUUGAGUUGCAACUGCAAAUGGCCCUUUCGGCCACUGGAGCUGAAAUUCAGGAAAAGCUAGCUGCCACAUCCAGUCAGUCAAUUGGCACCCUACUAGAUUCUACGCCGUUGAAGAAAUUACGUAAAAAUGCAGAAGUUGCGUCCAACUCAAGUGCAGUUUGGUCGAGAAGUGGACCGCCAUUAUAUUGGGCUGAGGUAUACUGCGGUGGCCAGACAUUGACUGGAAAAUGGGUGCAUGUUGAUGUUGUAAAUGAUAUUAUUGACGGUGAAAGAAAAGUGGAAGCUGCUUCUGCCGUUUGCAGGAAGCCUUUGAGAUACGUUGUUGCCUUUGCUGGAGGUGGUGCUAAAGAUGUGACUAGAAGGUAUUGCUUGCAGUGGCACAGAAUUGUCCAGGGAAGAGUGAAUCAAGAGUGGUGGGAGAAAGUUUUGGCACCACUAGAGCAGCUUGAAUUGGCAGCAACUAAUGACUCUGAAGAUAUGGAACUUCAGACCAGGGCCCUAACAGAGCCUCUUCCUACCAAUCAACAGGCCUACAGAGACCAUCACCUAUAUGCUCUUGAGAAGUGGCUGCACAAGAACCAAGUUCUUCAUCCCAAGGGUCCAGUGCUUGGCUUCUGUAAGGGGCAUCCUGUUUAUCCUAGAUCUUGUGUUCAAACACUACAAUCAAGACAUGGAUGGUUGACGGAGGGUCUGCAAGUCAGAGAAAACGAGUUGCCUGCAAAGAUUGUCACACGACCAAAGAGGAUUUUCAACUCCCAGUCGCGUGAAUCCAAUAGCAACGAAGAUGAACUUCAGGCAACCACGGAAUUAUAUGGUAAAUGGCAACUCGAACCCCUGCAACUUCCUGGUGCUGUAAAUGGCAUUGUGCCGAAGAAUGAGCGUGGCCAAGUUGAUGUAUGGUCAGAGAAGUGCCUUCCACCCGGUACCGUACACUUGAGUAAACCAAGAAUAUUCCAGGUUGCAAAGAGGCUUGGAAUUGACUAUGCUCCUGCCAUGAUUGGAUUUGAUUACCGAAGCGGUCGGUGUGCUCCAAUUUUUGACGGAAUUGUUGUAUGUGCCGAAUUUAAAAAUGCCAUUUUGGAGGCGUGCAAAGAAGAAGAGGAACGGAGACAGGCUGCGGAAAGGAAGCAGGAGGAAGCUCAGGCUCUGUCUAGGUGGUAUCAGCUGCUCUGUUCUAUUGUAACGAGACAACGGUUGAAAGAGUCCUACAAUGCGCGCUCGGCAGCGCUUGCGCCACAGAGACCAGCUAAAGUUGAUAAUCCCCAGAAAAGCACCAGUGAUAGUCGAUGCUCCGGAGCGACCACGGCCAAUCAUCGUCCACGCGCGGAUCGGCUGCCAGAUCCUUGUUUCUCUGGUCCUGACCAUGAGCAUGAGUUUCCUGAGGAAGACCAGAGCUUCGACGAAGAGACGUUUGUGCGGACGAAACGCUGCCCGUGUGGUUUUUCGCUCCAAGUUGAGGAAUUGUAG